AUGACUGUCACCCUCGAGGCUGAGAAAGGCAAUGAAAUGCCCCCGGCGCCGGUCUCGUUCUUCGAUUCAUCGUUGAAGGAGACGCGCCGGCGAGUAUUCUACCAAUGGGCCCGCACUCUCUCCAUCCUCUGUAUUUUUGUCUUUGUCGUUUUGUCUAUCUUCUGGGGCUCCCAAUACAGCACCGAAGACAAAUUCAAAGCCCUAGAUGUGUUUGUCGUUGACUUUGAUGGUCAAGUUGAUCCCUACCUGAGCAAUGACACCAUCAUCGGACCUGCAGUGACAAACGUCACCAAGAAGAUCCUCGCCUCUGAUUCAAUUCACCUCGGCUAUAUAAUCAAAUCCCCAGCAGACUUCAACUAUGAUCCCUGGGCCGUGCGACAGGCAAUCUACGACGAGCACGCCUUUGCCGCCGUGAUCGUCAAGCCAAAUGCGACGGCCCUGCUCCGCGACGCCGUAUCAAACGGCAACAGCAGCUAUGACCCCUUCGGCACAAUCGAAACCGUGAUCAUCUCUGCCCGCGACCAAAACUCCUACUAUACCUACGUCGAUCCGGGCCUCGCAGUCCUACAGAAUAUGGUUCUCCAGGAAUUCGGCCCACGAUGGGUCCAGCAUCUCAUCUCAGACCCUUCACUAAACCUCUCCACCGUCCCCGCCCAAGCGAUCAACCCAGGAAUCGGGUUCACGAAUAUCGAUCUGCGCCCCUUCACGCCAGCCGUUGCCGCCCCAGCCGUAACCAUCGGCCUGAUUUACCUGAUCAUCAUUGCAUUCUUCAAUUUCCCCUUCCUGAUGCCCGUCCACGCGCUAUUCAUGAAGCCAGACGGUCAUCCGCCAUUGAAAGUAGCGCAUUGGAUCAUCUGGCGUAUGAUCUCCGCGAUCGUGGCCUACUUCUUCCUCUCACUGUUCUACUCGCUUGUUUCCCUCGCAUUCCAGAUUCCAUUCAGCAACCAACCCGCGCCGGAUACCUUGUCCGCCAACAAUGCGAAUGCAUAUGGCCGUGGCUCGUUCGUGGUCUUUUGGAUGCUGAACUGGGUCGGCAUGGCGGCGUUGGGAUUGCCGUGUGAGAAUAUGGCGAUGAUUUUGGGAUUCCCGUGGAGUUCGUUCUUCUUAAUCUUUUGGGUCAUUACCAAUGUCGCGACUGGGUUCUAUCCUAUCGAGUUGGCAUCGGACUUUUAUCGCUGGGGUUUGGCUUGGCCUUUGCAUCGCAUUGUUGAGGCUUUGCGGACUAUUUUGUUCGGCACUCAUUCCCGCAUCGGGUUGGACUUUGGUAUUCUGUUCGCUUGGGUGGCUGCUUCGUUGGCCUUUUAUCCCGUUGCGACUUGGAUUUUGCGGUGGAAGAUGAGGAAUGGGUAUUGA